AUGUGGUAUGCCUCCUCGGCAUUGACGAACACAACCGGCAAACAAAUCCUGAAUCAAUUCAAAUACCCCGUGACGCUGACCUAUGUCCAGUUUGGAUUCGUCGCCGGGCUGUGCUUUUUGUCGAGUCUGCUAAAUCUCACGCCCAUGGCAAAGGGAGGGGCGUCCACGAGUGAUAGCAGCGGCCACAUGAAAUUACGCCCGCCAUCCUGGACGCUCGUAAAGUCCGUUUCGCCGAUGGCUGCCUUCCAAAUUUUCGGGCAUGUCUUUUCGAGUUUGGCCAUCUCGCGAGUCCCAGUCAGUUUCGCGCACACCAUCAAAGCGCUGUCGCCGCUGUUCACCGUGGCGCUUUACCGCCUAUUCUACAACAUCAACUACCCCUUGAAGGUCUACCUAGCUCUGAUGCCACUCACCUUCGGCGUCAUGCUGGUGUGCAUCUCAGAACUGACAUUUAACGUGUUUGGCUUCCUCUGCGCGUUAACAUCAACGCUCAUCUUUGUCGUGCAGAACAUGUACACGAAGGAUCUGUUCGUCGCUUCCGCUGUCCAGAAAGCAGACCCGCUUCCCACAACCACCGCUUCAACGCAGUCACCCGACUUCCAACCACUCGACAAACUCAACCUCCUCUUCUACUCCAGCGGCCUCGCCUUCCUCGGCAUGUUCCCCCUCUGGCUCUCCUCCGACGCAUCCUCCGUCAUCCACCUCCUCUCAGCCGCAUCGCCACCACCACCAACAACCCACCCACAAGCAGCAUCAGGCCACCCGCUCCUCAUCCUCUUCAUCCUCAACGGCCUGACUCACUUCUUUCAAAACAUCAUCGCCUUCCACCUCCUCUCCCUCGUCUCGCCCGUCACCUACUCGGUCGCAUCCCUCGUCAAACGCAUCUUUGUCAUUUGCGCAUCGAUUGUGUGGUUCGGACAGCAUGUGGAUGCGCGGCAGGGGUUGGGGAUUGCGAUCACGUUUUUGGGACUUUGGAUAUACCAGGGCGCGAAGCGGACGGUGGAGGAGAAGGAUGCGGUUAUUCACCCGACGAAUGCGGCGACAAAUGCUGCUGCGAGGAGACGGAGGAAGAUACUCUUGUUGCCUAAGUGA